ACUAUACAAAAGUAUAUGAUAAUUUUAUCGAAUGUCUUAAUGUUUUUCCUGAAAAACCAUUCGAUAAAAUUAGUUGUAAAUGUUUUGUUUGUAUUUGGAAAGAGUUAUUACUGUAUAUUAAAUUUAUGACGCCUGGUACAGAUUUAUGUAAAACAUGUGAAAUGUUAAAGGCUGAAAUUCGAUGUGCAAAUUAUAGUGAAGAAAGAGAAUUAAUUCAAAAAAGAUUAGACGAUCAUAAACAAAAAACAGAAAUAGAAUAA